GGCCCAGGCUAUUGAUUUUGUUGGUUGUUGCACGUGAUGCCAAGCAAAAAACUCAAGAAGAUAUGUAAGCGCACAAAAACCACAAUUCACGGAAUCAUAUUAUGCAAGGCGUCAAUAAAAGUGUGACAAUAUAUAUUUAUAUAUGUUCGUACUUAUCUAGCAGACGAUAAUACCAUUUAUUGAAUGCCAGUGGUUUGGCAAGUGUGUGAUAAACUUUAGUUAAACUUUGCUGCCCUUGCUUCGAAAUCAUGUUGUGCACCUUUGUCCAGAUGCCGCUAAAGGCGGCCAUCAAAGCCCAAAAACAAAACCUGAAAAACAAUGAAUUGCUCAGCAUUGGUCGAUUUACACUCAUGAUUAAUGACAACAGCAGAAGCGCAAGUGCAGCAUUAUCACAACAACUGUCCCGAUACAAACAACAAACCCUGCACUCACAACCACAACCACAACAACGAAAUCUACAACUUAAUCGGGAACUGCUUCGGCCCGCUCGGGAUCAAAGUGAGAAACUCGCUUUGAGAGGAAUACACACAGAGGCCGCUUCAGUCACCAUGUUCUAUUCAAUGUACGCGUAUCUGUCGCACUUGCCGCGCCUGCAUGCGCUGGGCCUGGCCAUUUUCGCCUAUGUUGUCUAUUACCUCAUUCAGGUGGUAAAGCGGCCGAUCAUUGCCUGCUCCGAUGGACCCUUCAAGCAGUACCUGAUCAAAAAGAUGCCCACGCUGGAGAACAAGUAUUGGCCUACCUUCUGGUGUGUGGAGAGUCGUGCUCAGACCGUUCUUGCAAGCCUGCUGCGCUCCAAGGGUCUACCUCGUGUCAACUAUCGCCGUGAGAUACUCAGCCUGAAGGAUGGCGGUGAGGUGGCUCUCGACUGGAUGGAGGAUGGCUGCGACGAGGAUGCACCUUGCGUUAUAAUAUUGCCAGGUCUGACUGGCGAAUCGCAGGCGGAGUAUAUUAAGUGUCUGGUCUUUGCCGCUCAGCAGGCGGCCAUGCGUGUGGUUGUCUUCAAUAAUCGAGGACUUGGCGGCAUUGAGCUGAAGACACCCCGUCUCUACUGCGCCGCCAACUGUGAGGAUCUGUGCGAGGUGGUGCACCAUGUGCGUCGCACACUUCCAGCACAUUGCAAACUGGGCGCCACCGGCAUAUCCAUGGGUGGCCUUAUACUCGGCAACUAUUUGGCCCGCAAGAGCGACGAGGCGCGUGUUAAUCUGUCGGCUGCCAAAAUAAUAUCAGUUCCUUGGGAUGUGCACAAGGGCAGCGCGAGCAUUGAGAAGCCGGUAAUCAAUAACCUGCUGGGACGUCAUCUGGCUGGUAGCCUGUGUCGCACGCUGCGCAAUCACUUGGAGGUAUACAGAGAUAUUUAUCAGGAUUCGGAUAUCGAUAUGCAGCGCAUACUGCGUUGCAAGACUAUCAAGGAAUUCGAUGCGCUGUUUACGGCCAAACAAUUUGGAUAUGCCCAUGUGAAUGAUUACUAUACGGAUGCAACACUUCAUAAUAAGUUGGAUCAAAUCUCUGUUCCGCUACUUUGCCUGAGUGCAGCAGAUGAUCCCUUUCAGCCCUUGGAGGCGAUACCCAUCAAGGCAGCCAAUCAGUGUACACAUGUGGCGAUUGUAAUUACCGCACGUGGCGGCCACAUUGGUUUCUUGGAGGGCUGGUGGCCAUCGACCAAGGAUCAGUAUAUGUGCCGUCUCUUUACCGAAUAUUUUACCAAGGCGUUGUACGACGAAGAUGGCGAAUUUGAACGCGCAUCCAACAAAAUGCACGAGACCUAUCUGGCCAAGCAAACCGUGGAGUUUCCUAGCAGUUCGAUUGCAUCUCCAUCGGUUCUGCUGCCAGUCGAACAGUUAGACCAACAUAAGUUGAAGUUGAUGUAGAGGGGGCCUUGCAGCAAGCUGGAGUUUAUCUAUAUAUAUAUAUAUAUAUAUAUAUAUAUAUAUACAGAGUACAGAGUGUAUUCUAAUAGACACUAUUAGACGCCAGCUGGAGACUUGUGAUAUGAAUUUAAAGAAAAUCCAAAGUGUGUUAUGCUAUAAUCAAUUAAUUAAAUAGAUUCGGUACAAACAUUUCGAUAGCCGUUAGAAACAGAAAUUUAUCGCUAGAAUAUGUAUUAGUCACAUAUCAAAUUGGAACAGUGAACCAAAAGCUUUACAUAAUUUAAUAUUUUAGUGAGUAAAAAAACAGGCAAAUCGCAAUAA